AUGCCUGGCAAAGUUGUUAGUCGUGAAGAAUGGGAGACUGCCCGCAAAGCUCUUCUCAAAAAAGAGAAAGAGUACACGCACAAGGGCGAUGCUCUCGCCGCUGAACGCCGCGAGCUGCCCAUGGUCAAAGUAGACAAGGAGUAUCUCUUCCAAGGCCCCGGCAACAAGGCGGUGUCCUUCGACGAUCUUUUCGAGGGCCAAGACCAAUUAAUCGUCUACCACUUCAUGUUCAAGCCCGAAGACGACCGCGGCUGUCCCGGUUGCACGCACAUGGGCGAAUCUCUACCCGACGUGCGCCAUCUCAAGUCAAAGAACACAAACCUCGUCGCAAUCUCUCGUGCCCCGAUCGACAAGAUCGAGGCGUACAAGGCGAAAGCUGGCUGGACCUUUCCCUGGUAUUCCAGCGGCAAAUCCGACUUCAACUACGACUUCCAUGCCACGCUGGACGAAGCCGUGGCCCCCAAGCAGUACAACUUUGAGGACCUCAAGGAGGAAGACGCGAGGUUCAAGCCGGACUUUAAGGGCGACAUUCCUGGCUUCAGCAUCUUUUUGAAGAAGGAUGGAAAUAUCUAUCAUACGUACUCGACGUUCAUGAGGGGAGGCGAAAAGGUGCAGCCGACGCUGACGCUGCUGGACAUGACGCCGUUGGGAAGACGACUUCAAUCGCCGGGCGAUUUUAAGCUACGAGACGAGUAUUGA